AGCAGGUACCUGGCUUCCAGUCAGCUGUCCGACUUCAAGAUCAUAUGCGGCGCCCAUGUCUUCAACGUCCACAAGAUCAUCCUCGCUGCUCAGUCCGACUACUUUGAAGCCGUGAUUUGCGGAGGCUUCAAGGAGUCCAUCGAAGGCGUCAUUGAACUUCGACCAUUCGACCACGCUCAGCCCGAUGACACUCACGACGACCCAGCAAUGGUAAAGAUCUUGGUCGACUACUUCUACCUGCAGGACUACGAGUUCGAGGAACCUUGCAUGCCCAUGAAGAGGACCGCUAGCGACGACAUGAUCGGCCAUGCUCGCGUGUUCGCCAUUGCGCUCAAGUACGGCGUUCCAGCUCUCAAGCGAGCCGCCGUCGACAAAUUCCAGAACACCAUCAAAACCCAGUGGUCGCACAACGACUUUCCCAGCGUCAUCGAGGAGGUGUACAGCUCCACACCAGACGAGGUUCGAGAGCUGCGAGAAGUCGUUGCUCGGACGAUCUUGAAGAACCCGAAGUCGCUGCAGAGCAAGGAGGUCGAAGCAACGAUCCGCAGCAUCGACGGGCUGGCAUUUGACCUGCUG